UUAGCAAGCACCCAGUGGCACCAAAGUUCAGACUGCAACAUUUUCAUCUGUCUUUCUUGCAAAAGCCUUCGUGAGCCUUCCCUUCGUCAACAGAACAGACCUCGUUCGAAGGACCCUGUUUCCAGCCGAAAUACGAUGAAGAUCUUCUGGCAUUCAGCAGUCUUCUUCUCCCUCACCAUCUCCUUGGUCUGGUGUGACAUCAAGGACCUUCACGGGCACUUCGAUCAACUGAGUGAGGAGGCCCUAUCCUUUCACUCUCGUGGCCUUCUUACCAACAAAUCCCUUCAGGGGACAAACCUGUCCCCCGAAUACCACCAAGAAAACACUGUGACCAACGACUUGAGCAUGGAAGAGGAGGAAAACUACGAAUACUUGGACUUCGACAAGCUCUUACAUGAAGACGAGUAUAUCGAUAUCAUUGAUAGCAUCCCGGAAGCGACGUCUUACGUCGACCAAGGAAACGUGCUGGCCCUCUUUCGCGGGAAGACCAGAAUCCAACGUCUCAACAUCCUGAAUGCCUAUUUUGGCUUCAACCUUUACCGAAGCCUUCGGGACCACGUCAACUCUUCCGACAACAUCUUCUUGGCUCCGGUGGGCAUCUCCACCGCCAUGGCCAUGGUUUCGUUGGGACUCAGAGGCCGAACGCAGAAGGAAGUCUUGGACGUUCUAGGUUUCGAAGACUUUGUGAACGCCAGUUCCACCUACGACUACACAACCGUUCACAACCUCUUCCACAAACUCACGCACCGGCUUUUCCGGCGCAAUUUUGGCUACACCCUCAGGUCAGUCAACGACCUCUAUGUCCAAAGGCAGUUCUCCCUCCUGAAUGAGUUCAAGGACAAUAUGAAGAAGUACUAUUUCGCUGAGGCCCAGGUGGCUGACUUCUCUGACCCAACCUUCGUCAGUCGCGCUAAUGAGCGAAUCGUAAAGCUCACCAAGGGCUUAAUUAAAGAUGCGCUCGUUAACAUACACCCGGACACGCUCGUGAUGAUCCUCAACUGCUUGUACUUCAAAGGAACCUGGGAAAAUAAGUUCCCAGUGGAGGCGACCUACAAGCAGAGUUUCCGGCUGAACGAGAAGGAGACGGUGAAGGUCCCUAUGAUGAAAGUCAAAGCCAACUUCUUGGCCACCGAAGACAAUGAGCUGGACUGCAGGGUGCUGCAACUGCCCUACGUGGGGAAUAUCAGCAUGCUGAUUGUGCUGCCCUAUAAGCUGUCUGGCCUGAAGACCCUGGAAAACCAACUUAGCCCCCAGGUGGUGGAGAGAUGGCAGAAGGACAUGAUCAACAGAACCCGAGAAGUCGUGGUGCCCAGAUUUAAGCUGGAGAAGAGCUACGACUUGAUCGAAAACCUGAAAGCGAUGGGGAUCGAGGAGCUGUUCACACCGCGUGGCAACUACUCCGGCAUCUCGGAGGAAAAAAUCACCAUCAACAAGUUCAACCAUCAAGGGACUAUCACGGUGAACGAAGAAGGGACCGAGGCUGCCUCCGUAACCACCGUGGGGUUCAUGCCCCUUUCCACUCAAAUCCGCUUUGUCAUUGAUCACCCCUUCCUCUUCCUCAUCUACGAACACCGUACCAGCUGUUUACUCUUCCUGGGGAGAGUUUCCAACCCCAGCAAGUGUUAAGCGGCAGAAUCACAUCCGCCGGGGACAACUGCAUGCCGAAAACUUGGGAUUCAUUUACACUAUUACUGGUUUUUAUCGGCAGAGGUAGAGCCCAGGUCAAUCACAGCCCUGCCUUCCCCCACCCUCCCCCCAAGCUGAUACAGAUAGUCCUU